UCUUUUAAUUGUGAUUUCCAACUUGUUAAUAUCAUCACGAUGGGCUUUAAAUUCAGUACUUUCAUUGUGACUCUUCUGGGACUAAUCAGUUUUUCGUGUGCAAUUUUCUUUCCAUCUUUGCAAAAAACUCAACAACUUUGCGUAAAUUCAGACCAACCCAACAUAAAGAAUACGUGUGUUAUUUGUGACUCUCGUCGUUUUGUGGAUAUGAGCAGACAAUGUACUGGACAAGACAAGGUUCCUGACAUUACCACUCAAGAUCAAGCAUUGUGUUUAAUCAGCAAUUGCCUUCAGCAAAUACCAAAGCAGCAACGGAAAAUUGUUCUUGGACGAAAACGGCGAUCAAUAAUCAACACAAGCGUAGCUUUGCUUUAAACAUGGGAGUCCCUUUAAAAUUUUGCACAAAAAUAGGUACCAAACCUUCAUUUGAAAAUGCCUUCCGUUCCACCAUUUGUGUUUAAUCUCACUGAAGAUUCAACAUCAAUUAGCUGUCAUUUAAAGUCCUGAAAAUUAUACAAAAUAUAAUUUGUAAAUCAAACAAUUGAACAAACGAACAAACAAAAAAGCCACUUACUUUUCAGAUUAACUUCCCUGGCUUCUUGAGCCAUUCACUGUAAUUGUGUUUCCUUGAAAUUGAGUAUUUUUUUAAUCAAAUGAUAUUUACACAGCGAUAUUUUUAUGAUUAUUACCUAAUUGUUGUUUAAAAUAUUUUGUCAACACAAAUGCAUCCGUACAAAUAAAAGCGAUAAACCAUUUAUUAAAA